AGAAUCUCCGCUCGUCCCGCCAUGAACGUAUUCAAACUUCUCUCGCGAUCCUCCCAGGCCGCGCAGAGUUCGCCCGCGCAAAAGCUUCCCUCCUCCGGCGCCGUCGCAAACCCGCAGCUCUUCGGUCAUGACGAGCCAGCACAACCGCCCGAGUCGUCCAACUCGAGUCGCAAGAGGAAGAGGGGUCAGAAUGCUAUGGAUGCAAACUCCGCCUCUACUGCUCUACCUGCAGACCUCGAUUUCUUCGGUGGAGGCGCAGGCAAAGACGGAGAGGGUGACGGAGACGCUCUGUCCAAGAAACAAAGGAAGAAGCUGAAAAAACAAGAGCGAGAAGAGGCAGCCAAUCUGGAGAAGGGAGAGAAUAUCACCCAAGAAGAUCCAUACGACCUGGAGGAAUGCAAGAGGAUUCUGCGCUCGCGCAAACUAAAGGUCGCCGUGUUGGAAGAGUUUGCGCCGCAGGUGGAAGAAUCGCGCAAGGAGAAGAAGAAGUCAAAGAAGCGGAAGAAGGAGAAAAAGGUCGAGGAAAAGAAGAAGGAGACAAAAAAAAUAUUGUACCCCCAGCCGAUUACAUCGUUUGCCCAACUCCGAACACGCUAUGGUAUAUCGAGACGCCUCGCUGAGAAUAUAAUGGAGCAGGGCUACAAGCUGCCGACGGAAGUCCAGAUUGGAGCUUUGCCGCUGUUACUGCGCAAGAAGGGGCAUCAGGAAGCCGAGGGCUUGUCUGGCGCAGAGUAUAAUGGCGAUAUUGAUCUUCUGACGGUUGCGCCCACGGGUAGUGGAAAGACGAUAGCGUUCCUCAUACCAAUCAUCGAUGCGCUGCUUUCAGAAAAGACGUCAGAUACCAAGAGUGGCCCUCGCGCUGUUAUCCUCGCGCCGACAAGGGAGCUGGCUUCACAGAUUGUCAAUGAAGCGAGGAAGCUGGCAAAGGGUACGGCGAUAAAGGCUACGCUUAUGAGGAAGGGUAUGCAGGUUGUUGGGCAGGAAGACGAAGAUCAGGCAAAAGACGAUGAGACAAAGGACUCGCCUGAAGCAUCCGAGGAUGAUGAAGAUGAGUCCGAAUCGGAUGAUGAAGAGAAGGCGGUGCCAAAGAAGCAGACACGUCGCCGAGGAGAACUUGUCAAGGCUGCAAUCCUGGUAGCAACUCCCCUCUCUCUCCUGAAUGCUCUGAAGCGCAGAGAUGGCACGGUUGCAAACAUCGCCAGCGUAUCUCAACUCGUCCUAGACGAAGCCGACGUCCUCCUUGAUCCACUGUUCCGCGAGCAAACCCUCGCUGUAUGGAAUGCCUGCACCAACCCCAAGCUCCGACUUGGGCUAUGGUCAGCAACGAUGGGAUCGAACAUUGAAAGCCUAUCCAUAUCCACCCUCAACGACCGCUGGUCUGCAAUUUCCUCGUCACAACCCGAUCUGCCGCCACGACCGCCACUCAUCCGACUUGUCGUCGGUCUCAAGGAUAGCGCCAUUCCAAACAUUUCUCACCAACUGACCUACGCAGCCACUGAGCAAGGCAAACUUCUGGGCCUCCGUCAACUCCUCCACCCAACUGCCGUAUCCAACGACUCCGAUCAGCCCAGACUCCGGCCCCCAUUCCUAGUCUUCGCCCAGACGAUCCCCCGAGCCAUAGCGCUCCACUCCGAGCUCCUCUACGACAUACCACCCGAGGCAGGCGGCAGCUCGCGCAUUGCCGUCCUUCACGCGGACCUGAGCUCAUCAGCCCGCGACAGCAUCAUGACGCGGUUCCGCAAAGGCGAAAUCUGGGUUCUCAUCACCACGGACCUGCUCGCUCGCGGCGUCGACUUCCGCGGCCUCAAUGGCGUCGUCAACUACGACGUACCCACCUCGGCAGCCGGCUACGUGCACCGUGUUGGCCGCACAGGGCGCGCGGGUCGUCAAGGCGGCGUUGCAGUCACAUUCUACACGCAAGACGACAUUCCCUACGUCAAGCUCAUCGCAAACGUGAUUCGCGCCUCCGAAAGCCUCCGUGGCGUCAGCGUAGACGAAGGCAGCGUAAAGCAGUGGUUGAUGGAUGCGCUGCCUACGCCAUCCAAGCGGGACAGACAGCAGUUGAAGAAGAGGGGAGUCGAAGCAAGACGCUCAGUCAAGGGCAAAGAUGGCAAGGUCGAAAGCAGAAUUAGUAGCAAGAGUGGGUAUGAGAGGCGGAUUGAGAAUAUGCGCAAGGGAGCCAAGGAGGCGGCCAAGAGGAGAAAGGAGGAGAUGCUAGAUGCGGGGAAGGCGAGUGAGAGUGAGGGAGGAGAUAGCGAUUUCGAGGGGUUUGAGACCCAAGCUCGCAGCAGCUACUGGGUUGUUUUUUUACACUACAAAGCUUUACGUGGAGAAGAGGCCAAAUGGGAAGCCGAGACUCAUAAGAAAUACGGCGAAAUCGUACGGCUUGGGCCUGAUCGAUUGAGCUACAUCACCCCACAAGCUUGGAAAGACAUUGCUGCCUCCGGAGCGGGCAAACGCGAGGAAAAUCCCAAAGAUCUAGCAACUUUAGCACCAGACAUACAUGGUUACAGAUCUAUGCUCUCAAUCCCUCUCGCAGUCGAUCACCGGGCACACCGAAGGAUCUACGCCUCUGCGUUUAGCGACAAAGCUUUGAGGCUGCAAGAGCCCUUGAUCCUUGGCUAUGUCAACUCGCUGUUACGCAUUGUCAAGAACCACGCGACGGGCAACUCACCUGUUACGUUUGAUAUUUGCAAACUGCUCAACUGCACGACCUUUGAUGUUAUGGCAGAUCUAGCUUUUGGGGAGCCUCUAGGCCUCCUCGAUCAGUCAGAGCUAACGCCUUGGGUUAAGGCAAUAUUUGCAAACGUCCAAAGGCUUUCGAUUUCACGUUUGACGCGCGAGUACAAGUCUUUAGGUUUUCUCAUCAAGAUGCUUACUCCAAAAAGUGUUCUAGAAGGCGCAUAUACACACUAUAACCACUCCUACGAACGGGUAGAGAAGCGACUAGCACGAGGCGUCGACAUAGGGAAACUCGACAUAUAG